UGUAAGCCCAACCCGCAAAACAUCCGACGCCGUGUAAUCUUCUCCGGCCGAUGAGGAGAGUGAGACGAUCCACUCGCCGGCAGAGGAUAGGCAGCAUCGCACGACGGCCAUGUCGUCCUCGCCUCUGACCGCCACGCCCACCCCUCUCCUUCCCGCCAAGUCCAAGAGCCCGCCGUCGCACCACCCGCUCCUCCCCCACCUCCCGCACUGCACGAGCCUCCGGGCGCUCGCCCAGCUCCACGCCGCCGCCGUCAAGUCCGGCCUGGGCGCGUACCCGGCCUUCGUCACCAGGCUCCUCACGCUCUGCACCGAGCUGGGCGCGGCCCCGGCGCACCUCGAGUACGCACGGCAGGUGUUCGACAGAAUCCCCAGCCCCGGGGACGUCGUCUGGUACAACACGCUGCUGCGCGGGUACGCGCGCUCGGCCGACGGCGCCGCCCCGCACGCCGAGGCGACGCGGGUGUUCGUGCGGAUGCUGGAGGAGGGCGUUGCGCCGGACACGUACACGUUCGUGUCGCUGCUCAAGGCGUGCGCGGCGGGGCGGGCCGGGGAGGAGGGCCGGCAGGCGCACGGCGUGGCCGUCAAGACAGGCGCCGCGGACCACGAGUACGUCCUGCCCACGCUGAUCAACAUGUACGCCGAGUGCGGGGACACGCGGUCGGCGCAUGCCAUGUUUGGCAGGGUGCCGGACGGGGACUGCGUGGUCUCGUACAAUGCAAUGAUCACCGCCGCUGUGAGGAGCAGCCGGCCCGGGGACGCGCUGGUGCUGUUCCGGGAGAUGCAGGCCAAGGGGCUCAAGCCGACGCCCGUGACGUUGACCAGCGUGCUCUCGGCGUGCGCACUACUGGGAGCAUUGGAGCUGGGGAGGUGGAUCCACGAGUAUGUCAGGAAGGCAGGGCUUGACUCCCUCGUGAAGGUCAACACUGCGCUGAUCGACAUGUAUGGGAAGUGCGGGAGCUUGGAGGAUGCCAUCGGUGUGUUCCAGGGUAUGGAAUCAAUAGACAGGCAAGCAUGGUCCGUGAUGAUCGUGGCGUAUGCUAACCACAGCUACGGCAGGGAGGCCAUUUCGCUGUUCGAAGAGAUGAAGAAGCAAGGGAUAAAGCCGGAUGCUGUUACAUUCCUGGGCCUGCUCUAUGCCUGUAGCCAUUCUGGCAUGGUGAGCGAAGGGCUACAAUACUUCGACAGCAUGAGGGAGUAUGGUAUCGUUCCUGGGAUAAAGCACUACGGUUGCGUGACUGAUUUGCUAGCCCGAUCAGGUCAGCUUGAAAAGGCUUACAAGUUCAUUGAUGAGCUACCAAUAAAGCCCACCGCCAUCUUAUGGAGGACGUUGCUUUCUGCCUGUGGAAGCCAUGGAGCUGUUGAUCUUGGAAAACGUGUCUUUGAGAGGAUUCUUGAGCUGGAUGAUACUCAUGGUGGUGACUAUGUAAUAUACUCGAACUUGUGCGCCAACACUGGGGAAUGGGAAGAAAUGAACAGGGUAAGGAAGCUGAUGAAUGAAAAGGGGGUGGUAAAGGUGCCUGGCUGUAGCUCAAUUGAGAUAGAUAACAGGGUUCAUGAGUUCUUCGCAGGAGAUGCAAGACACCCACAUGCACGCCGAAUGGUUGAUCAAGUGAUUGAGCAGCUAAAACUUGUUGGUUAUGUCCCUAAUACGUCCCAGGUCUUCCAUGUUGAAAUGGGCGAGGAGGAGAAGGCCACAAGCCUAAGAUACCACAGUGAGAAGCUGGCGAUUUCUUUCGGGCUUCUAAAUACAUCUCCAGGAACUACUCUCCGUGUUGUUAAGAACCUUCGUGUAUGUCCAGAUUGUCAUUCGAUGGCAAAGCUUGUCUCUAUGCUCUUUAAUAGGCAGAUCAUACUCAGAGAUCUAAAUCGUUUCCACCACUUUGAGGAUGGGGUCUGCUCUUGUGGAGACUACUGGUAGAUUUUACAAACACAAUUUUUGUACCACAAUGUUCUAUCCUUGUUGUGUCCAUUCAGGUAUGAUCAACUUGUAUAUGCAUGCAAAACUAACAGAUAAUUGAAGACUAUUUUCAAAUACUGAUGGCCCUGAACAUUAAUAACUAUCCCAUGUUUGUUACUGGAUCUGUACUGUUUAGUCAUACCAGUAGCCAAACCAUAACUUCCUGACUGCCUGGGUCGCAUGUUUUACCAUGAUCCUUGCAGAGCAUUAUAUCUGUUAUAGGUACUGCAUUAGUGUAUGCAAAUGAUCUCCUACGUUAUUGUAAAGAUUCUAAAAUAAGGAACUCUAUUAAAGAUGUAACCUGUUUGAUAGGAAGUUGCCAUGUGCAUCAUAUUCUAUGGCUGUGAGCUAAUAUAUACUGUAAGAGUCUAUGGGCAGAUUGCAGUACUGCUUCUUAGCAUGAAUGUAAUUGAUAGCUAACAUGGGAGUCUGUAUGCAGUUUAUAGUUCUUUCAGAGCUGUAACAAUCCCUGAUAUUUUCUUCUCUUUUGUUUUUCUUGUUCUCUCUGUUCCUGUUUCAUCAGUGGCGCUUAAACUUGGUUGUACCCAACUAUUUAUUUCCUCUUUUCAAUGGAAAGAUGUAACAACACUUGUGGUGUCCAGGAAAAAAAAGUUUCUUAGUUGCAAUUUUUUUCUUGCCAAAUCAUAAUUUGUAUUAGCUUGUAAAAGUUGUUUAGUCAAUUUGACGAUCAUACUAUAGUCACCUUAUUUAUUGUUCAUUGAACGAUAUUCCCACUUUUUGAAUUAUUAAAUGCAUUUCUUUGGUAGUUUGAAGUCUUACUGCAAAUGCAGUUCGUACAAGUCAUGGUACGGAGUUUGGGUUCAGGGACACCUUUUCUGCAAAUUCUAUAGAGGCUGUAAGUGAACUCUGCAUUUUGCACAUACCUUGCAAACUUGUCAGUUAAUGGAUAUCCCACUCAUUUUUACCAUUUUCACAUCCCCACUUGAUGAUGCACAACAGCAAAUUAAAAUCUUUUCCUGCCACCUUCUUUUCAUAUUACUAACAUAUUAUGCCACACCCAUAAGCCCAAAUAGGUGAUUCUCAUGAUGUUAGUUUGUUCAUUUCAUGAUUGUUUUCACUCAGUUCCCCGAAGUUCAUAUUUUCCUGAUGUAUAAUGAUAAAACCAUGCCAUCUGGACCUUAAAAUGUUAUUAAUAUUAUUUUAUUGUUAGCACUAUCACUCUUGCCCAUGGAAAGAGAGAAAAGCAGAUGUUUUGUCACUUUAUUGUAUGAAUAAAGUUGGUACGCAUUCUACAGAUUAGCCUGAUGAUUUGCUCCAAAUGACCAGAUCCAUGCUAGCAAUGCAGAUCAGCAUCGUGCCCUGCUGUGGAGUUAGAUCAUAUCUUACAUGGGAUAAUUAUCAGAUAAUAGAAGUAGUCGUAAUGUUAAAAUGUUUCCAAGGAAAGGAAAAUACCAAUAGUUGUUUGGUACACAACUCUGCCCCUCGAACUGGAAGGUCAUCAGCCUGACAAAAGCAACAUGAAGUCUCAGGUUGUGAAUAAGUAGUUGUUUCUACAAUAUGGUUGAGCCUUCGAUCCUCAAUAGCCCAAAUUGUUAGAAAAAAUGUGGAUAGCGCAAAUAAGCUGUAAAGCAGAGUCACAUGGGCUCUGUUCAUUCUACGAAAGAUGGUGUCAUGACACCGAAAACACAUAUAAAUGUGUCUAGUCAACAGUACCUUAGUUAAUUGGCAAUGAAAUUUGAAAUAGUCUGGCUGCUCCAUUCCAGCAUUGGAGGUUAAAAUGUUGCAAGAUUUUGACUGCAAUGCAGAUUCAACAAAUCUUGAUGACAUAUCUGGUAGGACCAUCAGACCAUCUGCAUAUCUUUAUCUCUGUAUGAUGCUAGAUUUUUUUACCUGAUUUACUGGCAACAUUGGCUAUGUAAGUUGGUAUUGCAUGAGUUGAUUGGUUCCACUUGUACCUAUUCAGGUGAAACUGGAGCAUGGUCUGUAGUCUACUUGUAUAGUACCACUGUUACAAUCACAUCCCAUGGUUGAGUUCAUUGUGUCUGUAGCAUUUCUGGGAAGGGGAUUUUGUGAUUUUUUUUUUGUGCUCACUAGAACUCAUAGGAGAUUAGGACACAUGCAAAACUUUUUGGUAAACCUAAUCUUCUACUGAAUGAAAUCAACACUUCAUCAUAUACUGUGCCUUUAAGGUUCAGGUUGGUCAUAUAUCUCUUUCUUGCAUGUGCUGUCCUAAUAAAACUCGUGUAUCGCCUACCAGUACAUGUCUAAGAAUAGUCAUAACUGAAUUAGAUCUCAGACCCCAUGUUCCUGCUACCAGCACAGAAUAGUGUAUCAGUUCGGUCUUCGGUAUCAUCAUUCCAAUGUUAUGUCAUAAAUAGGGCAGCAAACCACGUUGUUUAGAUGACUGAAAUGAAUGCUUGCCAAAUCAGCCACCAUUUAUACAUCCGGAGAUAUGUUUAGAUUGCCGUGCUUCAUUUAACUUGGUAGACUGACCUUGCCGUAUGAACAUGACAAUGCAGUAGGUUACCUGCUAUCUUGGUGGAUUUGAUUAUCACAUAACUUUGUCUGCACCUUCAUGCGUGGUUACUUAAAUAACGAGGUAAGAACGCCAUCAGCUCUCUUUAUCAAUUAUUCUAGGGCAAGUUGCAUGUUUUACUUGGUCCAACAGCUGGUUUUGUCAUAUCCAUAGCCACAUUUCCUUUUUCCUCCUCCAUUAUCUGCAAAUAUGUUCAGUAUUUGCCUCGUUAACAUACGCCAGCUUGUCAUUAACUCAACCCAUCAAUGAUGAAAAGGUCAGUUAUGCCAUGCUGCAUGGCCACUAAGUUUCAUGUGUUUUAUUUCGACUUCUUGUAGCUAUGUUCUUCAGUCGUACCAUACAUGUUCUUGCCACCAUACAUACAGUUCCUGUCGCUGUUGCCUGUCUCUGAAAAUUAGUUGACAUACUGUAUUAUAUACUUGAUAGACUUUGAAACAGUACACCGUAAUCUUUCAGUUGUCUGAGCUUAGUGUGUUGCUGUGUGUGACAAGGUCAAGCUGCAAAAUUCACAUGGGUUGGGUGAAACCAUGAAGCCGUCUUGUUCGAGCGGAUUGCGGAAAGGAACCCCGGCCUGCCUGGAGCCAGCAAAGAUGAAGGGUGGAAGAAGCUUCUUGCACUUUGAGUUGAUCAACCAACGAGUAAAAGAAACCCCUCUUUGCAGCUGGAACCCAUGAACGGUACUUGCUUUUUAUUAAUUCCUCUCUGACCAAUCGUUAUCAAAUGCGUUUGUGCCAUUACUGUUCAUAAUUUGGUGGUACCCUAGCUAGAAUCUUACUUACUUUAUUGUCUAUGUUCUUUUUUCAUUACUUGCUCCGUCCUCUGUUUUUGUAGCUUCCUUUUUCGACAAGGACAUCCAUAUCCUUUUGAAAUGGAGCUCUUUGGCAGUGUUUGAUAUC